CUUGCCUUGCAUUAACCUUGGAAGCACACAAAAUUGAAGGGAAAAAAAACCCUACGCAUUUCCUAAAAAUUCCUACACCACCUGAACGCAACGUUCCCACGGCUCUGGCGUCUGGAUUUAUUCAACAGCGACGCGACAAGUGGAGAACCAGUCUGACGCACCGGUGGGUCUGAUGACAGCCUGAUGGCUCUAAAUGGACUGCAGUGUUACAGGACGUCCUUGUAAAAUGAAGAGGUGCUUGACUUAACUCCGCUCCUUGUUUUCAAGUAUUUGCACGUUCUUUUUUUGUUGUUUUUUCCCCCAUCCCUUCUUGAAAUUCAAGACGUUGGAAUAAUCUCAUUCAUGGCACACGCCUUUGUUGCGAAAAUUUAUAAUUUCACCCGCGGCAGAAUUUAAUGAAAUUGAGGCGAGGAUGAACGCGGUUCAUGUGAUUACAAGCCUGAUCCUUGUUCAUCAGAUUCAGACAAGCUUUGAGGGACGACUGCAUGGGGUUGCACAGGAUCUCCAUAACAGACACCGGAGGUGGACGCCCAGGCCCAGGUUUAGGGAUCCUGGUUCAGCUCCACAUCAGCGGGGCGAGUACAGUGAACAACACAAGCCAGAAGAGUCACAUCCUGAACUGCUGGGAGAGGAGGGUCAGAGUAAUGCCACCAAGAUUGUUGAUGUUGAUCAUGUCUACUAUACGUCUAAACUCUACGGUCCUGGAGAUGCACCCAGUAAACACCUUUGGGUGAAUAUCAGAGAGACAGAGAGGGGCGAGUGGAAGGUCCUCCACUUUCUGUCCAGCACACACAGACAAGCAGAGAGAGUGAACCUUUCAUUCAGCUUUCCUUUUUAUGGUCAUCUACUGAAAGAAAUCACAGUUGCUACUGGGGGUUUCAUUUAUACUGGAGAUGUAAUCCAUCAGAUGCUCACAGCCACUCAGUACAUUGCUCCCCUGAUGGCAAACUUUGACACCAGCUUGUCCAAAAACUCCACCGUGUUGUAUUAUGACAAUGGAACCACGCUGGUUGUUCAGUGGAACCGAGUGUACCUCCAGGACAAUAUCAGGGUGGGAACUUUCACCUUCCAGACCACUUUGCACAGUGAUGGACGGAUUGUUUUUGCCUACAAAGAGAUUCCUGUUGACGUCAGUGACAUCAACUCUGAGAACCAUCCAGUCAAAGUGGGCUUGUCGGACGCGUUUGUGGUGCUUCAUAACAUAGAACAGAUUCAUAAUGUUCGUCGGAGAACCAUCUAUGAAUAUCACAGAGUAAACAUUGAAAAGUCGAAAAUCUCCAAUUCCACAGCAGUGGAAUUGCUUCCUCUCCCAACGUGUCUGCAGUUCUCCAGCUGUGGCCCAUGUGUCACAUCUCAGAUUGGCUUUAACUGCAGCUGGUGCAGUCGACUACAGAGAUGCUCCAGCGGGUUUGAUAGAAAUCGACAGCAAUGGGUUGACCUCGGCUGCCCAGAGAGGCGGAAUCAACAAUGUUUCCUGGUGACAACCAUAAAAAACGGAACCUCACGCCACACGAAGCACACGUCGUUCACAUCCACUUCAAAGCAGCGGAGGAUCUCAGACUUAACGACCACCCCCUCCAGCGAGACAUCCACCACCAACAAGCUUACAGCACGCAUCAGAGCAGCCAGUGAAGAAAAAUCAAAGGAACUGCAACCAACCAACAUAUCUGCAGACGAUGGAAACACUGGGAGAGUAGAAGGAAGUGGGAAAGUGACGUCGGGUGGCCUCCUGGCAGGCAUCAUUAUAACGACCAUAGUACUGCUAGCGGCUGUUUUCAUGUCCAUCUACAUGUACAAUCACCCCACCUCGUGGGCUAGUCUUUUCCUCUUGGAGAGACGUCCGACCCACUGGCCUAUCCUGAAGUUCAGACGAGGCUCUAGUCGACCAUCCUAUGCUGAGGUGGAAAUUCCCGGUCGGGACAGAGAAAGCUCGGUCAUCAUCGACUUCAAACAGUCCUUCGUCUUUCCAGACAGAAGAGAGAGUGAGCAGAAAGAAGGGUUCAUAGUCACUGAUCAAAGGGUGCGCUUUCUCGCCCCAGAAAGCUCCUGACCAAACCUUUAGGUUCUGUUGGGCUUCAGGGCAGAGCUGGUUCUCUGUAUAUCAUCUGUUUUCUCCUACGGAUAACGGACAAAUUUACUUUAGGAAAAAAGAACCAGUGAAGGACACAAAACAUCAAAAACCAUUAUGCAUUGGCUCGGACAGGCAGUCCCAGCAGACGGAGGUGAUCCUGCUAAAUGUUUGCAAAGCAUUCCCCUUAAAGAUGGCCUUUAUUUUCCUGAGCCGUCUCUUCCACACCUACUUCACAGAGAGGAAUGUCGUGUUUGAGUGUCACAUCCUGAUCUAAGAAAAUACAGACAUUCCUUGCCAUGACGCCCACCUUCCGUUGACGGGCAACAGGGCAUGGCUUUUAGAAGCCCUGUUUAUUGCAGCAUUUCCACACAGCAGCAGGUGUGCACAGCUUUUGAAUUGUAUUAAUGUUUUACGCUUCAAAGGCUGAAAACAAUUUCUGAUUGCAAUGCUGUACAGAAUUUACACUAAAACAUACACAACAGGAAAAUAAUACAGUGAAAGAUUGCACACAAUUUUUUAAUUU